CACACCACACUUUUCAGAUUGAACUGUUUUUCUUCAGUAAGGUCUGAUCUAUAAAGCACCUGUAAAAUAUGCAGGCUGUGGCAGGAACUAAAGUGUGGAAUAAUUUACAGGGUGUGAAGACUUUUACAUGGCUUUAGACUUACAAACUUUUUUUGGCAUGUUAAGCAAAGGUUGAGCCUUAUGGAUCUGUUUUAAAGUUGACCUCUGAGAGGACUUUGACUUGUCAACAAUGACGACAUUAUCACAGCAAAGAAAUGGACUGAACUGGACAGAACUGGACAGAACUCAUGGACCUGAGAAGGAGGUGGGACUUUCAGUCCUUUAAAGUUAGCUGCACUAUUCCUGCAGAGGGCAGAAGUUUCCUCUUUCCUUCUAACGAGCUGCUGAUCACCCCACUGGACCUCCAUCUGCUCCACAAACAUCUGAUCAGUUAUGGUGUCUUCACUGAGGUCUGCCUCAGUUCUGCUGGCUUCUCUCAUCCUUCAUUGGACCUCUGCUUGCACCCAUUUCUCCACGGAUCUGUCAGAAGUGAAAAGGAUCAAGAAAGAUCUGGCCUUUGAAGACAGAGAAAAAACAGAUAGGAUCUUAAAUCUGGGAAAAGACAUUCUGUCCCUUCUUAAAGAUGGUGUAGAAACAGUGAAGGAAAACAACAUAAGGGAUAUAGUAAAGAACCUGUCUGUCUUCGCUGGCUUAGCACCAGGGAUUGGUGCUGUAGCCUUCUCGAUCAUCAACAUGGUGUUGAUAUUGAUCCCUCAGGAUGACCCAGUUCUGACUGAGGUAAAGAAAGGGUUUGCUGAGGUGAACCGGAAGCUGGACUCUCUCUCCUUCCAGAUCUCCAACCUGGCAACAGAUGUAGAAUGGUUCAACUACGCCAGCGUCUACUCUAGAGACGAAGUCACCAUCCUCAAUGCCUGGGACAAGUUCAAUGACCUUCGUCAGAACAGUAACUUGGUGCAAAGUGCAGAAGACAGACUCAGACUGGCUGAAAUAUUCACCAGCUACUAUGAAUUCUCAGGAGCUGAGUCCAGUGUGUCCAAUCUUUACCGCUACCUGACAGUCGACAGCACGUCUCUGAGUGCAAACCUCAACAAUCUGCUGAAGAAGAAGUUUAAAUGUGACAUUACUAAGAUUGGUAAAUAUAAUUUGUAUUUUAGCAGCUUGUUGUGGAAGGGGAUGGUGCUCAACGAGUUCUACUGGAGACUGAUUGGUUUCAACACCACGACCAAAGAAGAUAAACAUGUGCAGAUGUUCAAGAAGGUUUCUGAAGCUCAGUUAGCAGCCAUAGACUACUGCUUGCUGAACUAUGAAGAUUACAUGAAGAAAGAUGUGGUGGAGACUGUCAAAGGACUCAGCACUGAUGACAAACAGGCCAUCGCUCUUAAGGUGAAAGAAGUUCUGGACCAGAAGUACAACUGGUACAGCUGGGUGGUGGUGGUGUACAACAAGGCAAACAAAGACAAUCACAUCGUGCUUGAAGCCACUGAGAUUGAUGCAGGAGACACCAUUGUGCUUGUCAGGUUCGUUCGGGAUGGUGACAUGAAGUUCCAAGACCAUGGAAAGAGAAUGGUACAAAAUUGCUUUAGAGGAAAAUCUUGUUCUAAUCUUGAACCAGACAAGUGCAAGUACACUCAUAAUCCUCCGUAUGAUGUCUCUGGCCAUGAAUCUGGUUCUUUGACAAUCAUUUUCAAUCAAUACGCCACAGUAACACAUGCCUUCUAUGUUGAAGAUGCUGUAGAGGUCCCAGCACCUUUUCAUCAAGAGGACUGUAGUUGGAGUACAUUUUCUUCGGGUAAAGUUUCUUUUCAUUACUCUAGAGAACAGUCUGUCUGCAAUGAAGACAAAUGCCAGAACAAUGGCUUGUGUGAGAGAGUUCUGGAGUCCAACCAGUGGUUCUGCAGGUGUAAGAAUGGAUUCUAUGGAGAACAUUGCGAGCUGCAGACCAGUAAGACUCCGGAGAUGAAAGACCAAUUUACACCUUUUAGAACCAUUAAGGGCAUGCUGAAACUGCUUGAGUCCAAAGUGGACGCCAUGAACAAAUGUCAGACUUCUUAGGAGAUUUCAGCAGAAUACGAAUGAUUCAAUGCCAACUAAUACCUGAAACACAUCUGAAAACAGAAACCUGCAGAUGUUUCACAUGACAUUAUGGUCCAGUUCAAUGGCAGGACGAAUUUCUGUCAAAUUAUUGUCAAUAAAAAACACUGAAAGACA